AGGACUGGUGCGGUCUUAGUUACAAGAUGGCCGCAGUAAUUGAAGCAUUCCUUCGAACGGCGUCUUGUUUCGCUUGUUGCCUAGAGGCUUUGAUCGGGAAGAAGUCGGUCCUAAAUUCCGUACCAGGCUCAUGAUUGAGUUCCGAAUAACUAUACCAAAUAGCUAUCAACGAGAAAAUGUGGCCAGCUGUCAUUGUAUUCCUUACUUUAAUGAACAUAACAUUAUGUGUAGAUGCUGUGCUAAACUUCUUAAAGGAACCGACUUCCAAAUCUGUUGUUAAAAGGAGCACAAUCAAUUUUGAAUGCCAAAUAGAUGUCCCACAACCCAUUUACCACUGGCUAAAAGAUGGUAGUAACGUCACUAAAGGCAACAUCUCCCCCUCUGGCUCAGCAACAUCAUUGCAGAUUGAUAACCUAGACUUUUCUGAUUCUGGGAAUUAUUCCUGUGUAGCCACUGACAAACAGUCGGGAGAGACAGGAACAAAAUCAGCAACUUUAACUGUGCAAGGUGUCCCAAUGGUAAGUAUUUCUAAAACACCUUCUUCAUCAUCAACAUAUGUCGGACAAUCUGCUUUGUUUCACUGUGAGGUUGUUGGAUAUCCAAAGCCAACUUUAACUUGGAAAAAUAGUAACGAUACAACAAUUUCUAGUGGUGGACGAUUUGAGGUUUUCAGCAAUGGAUCACUGAAGAUAAAUAAUUUGAUGAAGAGUGAUGAUGGUAGCUUGUUCAUCUGUAAAGCUCACAACUCUUAUGGCUCAACUUCUGCAAGUGCAACCCUGAUUGUAAAUGACCUACCCAUCCCUCCAUCGUUUACAACAAGACCAGGCAACAAAACUGCAAGUGAAGGAGACAGAGUCACAUUUUACUGUGAUGCAAAUGGCAUUCCUCCUCCAAGCAUCAUGUGGAGCAAAUUAAAUGGGAACAUUCCUGCUGAUCGGCGGCAAGAACCCUCCCCUGGUGCCUUAAGGAUUGUCAAUCUUCAACAUGUGGAUGAUGGUAGCUAUGUAUGUACAGCAAAGAAUUCUAAAGGGAAUAUCACUGCCCUGGCAUUUCUACGCAUUCGAGGUUUUCCUCGUAUAACAAGGACACCUAUAAGCAAAGUGGUUGAUGAACACUCAUCUGUCCAAUUUGCCUGUGUGAUAGAGGGGAACCCAGCUCCUCAUGUGGAGUGGACCACACCCAAUGGCUCCAUAUUUACUUUGCAGUCUCAGCAAUCGGGCUCCAUAACAGUCCUUUCAAACAAUUCUCUUAGUGUCUCCAUUGUAACAGAAUCUGAUGCUGGAACCUAUACUUGCAAAGCUGUGAAUGAUGUUGGAGAGAGGUCAGCCUCUGCAACUUUGAAAGUUCAGACUCCUCCAAGAUUUCCUGAGCCCAUGGUGAACAGGACACAGAAUAUUAACAGUCAACUUGUGGUGGAAUGUGGAGCUUAUGCCACACCCAUUCCUGAGUAUCAGUGGAUGUUUAAUGGCACAAUUAUCACAACAAAUCGCAGCUUGAAUUUGAAUUAUUUGUCUCUUGAUGAUCAAGGUUUCUAUACUUGUGUUGCGAACAACUCAUUUGGAUCAGUUUCUGGUAAAUUCUACCUAGAAAUUCAAGUGCCACCAAACUUUGUAACAUCUCCCAGAAACCAAACAAUUCCUAAAGGACAAACAGCCACAUUUUCCUGCCAGGCAACCGGAAUUCCUGCUCCUUCCGUCAAAUGGUACAAAUCACAAACUCCUAUCAUCAAUAAUGAGCACUUCAGUGUUCUAUCAAAUGGAACGCUUGUGGUGAAAAUCGUGUCGGAACAAGACAGUGGUUGGUUCACCUGCGGUGCAACGAAUGAUGCAGGAACAAGUGAAAGAAAGGCAUACCUUUUAGUCGCCGACUCUCCUGUGUUCACAACCGUCCCGAAUAAUGUUACCGUUGACGAACGGAGCAGUGCAACUCUGUUGUGCCGCGCCCGUGGCCCCGACGAGCCUGUUGUUACUUGGAUGCGAGAGAACAGCGGUGGAACCGUAACAAACGUUGUUCCCAGUGCCACUGUACAGAUUCAUUCCAAUGGAGAUCUGACAUAUUCCAGCGUCACGAACCAGAAUGGAGGCCUGCACGUUUGCAAAGCUUGCAACACUGCUGGGUGUGCGAGUGCCGAGGCCUACUUAAUCGUCUUAUUUGCCCCACGUUUCAUUGUCCCACCCAACACAGUGAAUGCUCUUAAAGGGCAAAGUGACACUUUGGAAUGCAAGCCGGAGUCCAUUCCCCCAGCGACCAUAACCUGGAUUCGAAAUGGCGUAAACCUUGCUGGGACUGGAAAUCAGUACCGUGUUGAUAAUGUUCAGCCACAGGAUGAAGGAUCGUACACGUGCAAAGCGAGGAACAGCAGAGGCUCAACACAGCAAGUGGUUGACUUGAAGAUCGGAGCUAAAGCAAAGAUUACAGAUUUCCAAAAGACUCCAUCCCAGAACAGCAAAACGAUCAUGAAGUGUGAAGUGGAAGGAAGUCCCCGUCCUCAGGUGACCUGGUACCUACAGAGUUCUAAGCUACCAGAUUUACAAAAAUUCCCGGAUUACAUUGUCAACGCCAAUGAAGAGCUGAUCGUUCCUGAUUUAUCUCUUGUUAAAAAUUCCUUCCUGUGUAACUGCUCUAAUCCUCUUGAUACAGUCGCGAGGUUUGCGAGAGUCCCCAGAGCUCCUUCUCAGCCUUCGGUCACAAGUAUCAUGGAGACAUCUUUAGAAGUGACUUGGACCCAGUCUGACCCCCUGGAUCUCGUUCUUCAGUACACGGUGCAGAUGAAGACUGUAGCGGGGGAAUGGGAACAAGUAAACGACACCAUAAUAGGAAGUUCAGUACGGGUCAACAAUUUGAUAGCAUUCACAGCUUACAGUUUCAGAGUGAAGGCAAAGAAUGGACUGGGCACUAGUGAAAACAGCCUGUCAUCGCAAAAUGUGACAACUCUGGAGGGAGCUCCGUCACCCCCAAAGGAUUUGAAAUUGCAUUUGACUCUCGAAAACGCGACUGUUGUUUAUGUCUCGUGGGUAAAACCAGAAGAUUUAAAUGGAUAUCUCAGCACCAUUUUGUAUAGAAUCAACUACAAACCUCAGAAUGGGAACAACUCUAAGGAUGUUUUCAUCCAACACAACAUUGUCGGGAGCCCACAAAAUUUCACUUUACGAGAGCUCUCCCCUUAUACAGCUUACUUGGUCAGGGUAUACGCAGGAAGAAGAAGGAACGAUGGGAUAGAAAGAUGGAGCGGAGCUGUUUCAAAAAAAAUAACAACCUUACAGCUGGUUCCCCUAACACCUCCUGUGGAUUUAGUUGUACAAUCGAAUGGAGCUUAUCAGCUGAUGGUCAAAUGGAAGCUUCCUGCAUACUCAAUCUUAGGUUACCAUAUAUGGUAUAAAGAGUCAGAGGGUGAAGUGUUUGAUGGGAAAGUAGUUAUUCCCCGGAUGUUGGAUACUGUAUACCUUAUUAAGGGUCUGGAACCAGACACCAAAUAUGAAGUGAAAGCCCGAAUGUACAGUAACGCAGGGAUUGGUCCUUUUUCGGAAUUACUCAUCGUCAAGACUGAUAUUGAUAAGUUUGCUGUAACGUCGGGGCAACUGAGUCAGUCCUCUGGAUUAAAAGUCGCGGUUGUCUGUGUCGUGCUUGGUUUUUUCAUUUUGCUCAUUAUCAUCGCGUUUGUUUGUUUCAAGCGAAGACAAACCCGGCGUUCUCGGCAAAGUUUGCAGAUCAGUAAUCGUGAGGAUCCUUCUCUCAAGUAUGUUUACCACAAUCGAAGGACGGAAAGCACCUCACAAUUGUCCUCAAGUGGCGACAGCGAGGGAAGUGUGGAUGGUCGAUACAACUUUGCGCCUGCAGAUGACGAAAUCGACGUGGGAAUGUUCGAAGGUGAUAGAAACUCUGCGAGUUUUAGUCAAGAUCUUGGAUCGCGAAACCUCGUUUCAGCGGCUUCGAACUCGCGCUCAGAAAACAACCUGGAUGACGUCGUACGCCUCGAGGAAUACAGGCCAAGGCGUAGUCCCAAUGUCUCUCGCGUGAACUCGAUAUAUGAAGAGGUAACAUCUAGUGACGGUAAAGGAAAAGACGAUGGUAUCGUCAAAUUGAAACAGACAACGGGAAGAGAAGGCCUUGUGGAUUCGUCUAUGGGCUCUGCCGGGGUUGAUAAUAGUGCGUUCUCCCUCUCUGACUUUGUUGAAAAUGAAGCUCCUCCUGACUGGAGACCUCCACCCCCACCGAUCCAUAAAAACCAGCCGCCGGUUUACGCACAAGUGAAUAAAACCCGAAAGACAAAUCCGGACAGUCCCGUCAAGGGCUUGGACGAGUCGGCUAAAAAUAAACCUGUAGAGAGUAGUCCUAACACCCAGGCUACCUCUACAAAGGACUCCGUUGAAAGUCUUAAAAACGGACCUGUGAAUGGCAAGUCCGAUUCGGAGGAUACAUCUGAUGACGAUGAUGAAACGGAUUGGCUACCGCCACCUCCUCGCCCGAGUCAACUGGACAAUGAUUGGUUAAGACCCCUUCAUCACUCAGGCCAAACGGACCAUGAUAGGGAACAAUCCAUUCAAAGCGCGAACCAACUGGGCGACGACAGGUUACGACCCCUUCAUCGCCAAAACCAACUGGACGAUGAGUGGGUACGACCCCUUCCUCCUGAGAUUGAAGCUCUCCCCGGAAAAAGGAAUCGUGUUGCAUCCUGGGCGCGCGAGGACGCCGAAGUUUCAUGUGAUUUUGACGAUUUGACGAAAAUCUGAAUUCCAUUUUAUGAUGAAGAACAUAAAUAUCAGAAAGAUGAGAGCUUUCUCGUAGAGAAGCAUUUAACUUAACUUCGAAUUCAUCGCGUAAACCUCAGUGGGUGACUGAAAAAAAAAAUUGAUGGACGUCACGACACUUGUCGUACUAUUUGAAUGCUUUUACUUUUUACUUCUUGAUCGUUAACUUUCUAAACAGUGCGCAUAAAACAAAAAGUACCUUUUA